AUGGAUCCGAAGCAGGGCUCGUCGCACUCCGGCGAGCGGAAGAACCUCAAGCGGAAACUGGCGGACUCCGCGUGUCCCUCAGGCUCGGAAGAGAGCGGCGCGUUGGUUACGGCGGAAGUUCAAGCGCACAUCGCGGUGCUCAAGGGCUCGCUGACGUGGCGGGAGGCAGAUCGCGUGGCGGCGAGGAAAGCGGCUCAUGCGAUAGCGGAGCUCGCGAAGCACGAGGAGCACGUGGACGCCAUAGUGGAGGAGGGUGCCAUCCACGCGCUCGUGCCGCAUCUGUCAGCGCCGGCAGUGGAGGAGGGUGACGGGCCCAUCGCGUGCGAGCACGAGGUCGAGAAGGACGCCGCGUUCGCACUCGGCCUGCUCGCCAUCAAGCCCGACCACCAGCGGCUAAUAGCGGACGCGGGCGCACUCCCUGCGCUGGUAGCUUUGCUAAAGCGGCGGCCAGGCCAACCGUCCGCGGCAUCCGCAGCAGCCGCGCCCGCAUCAGCGCCAACCGCCCUCGACGCCAUCACGAAUCUGGUGCACGAGAAUGCAACCAUCAAGAGCCGAGUCAGGGCGGAGGGUGGAAUACCGCCGCUGGUGGAGCUGCUGGAGUCGCUCGACCCCAAGGUGCAGCGCGCGGGGGCAGGCGCUCUCAGGACACUGGCCUUCAAAAACGAGGCCAAUAAGAACCUGAUAGUGGAGUGUGGAGCGCUACCAACGCUCAUCUUCAUGCUGCGAUCGGAGGACACAGGCAUCCACUACGAGGCGGUGGGGGUGAUCGGCAACCUGGUGCAUUCCUCUAUGAACAUCAAGAAGCUCGUGCUGGACGAGGGGGCACUGCAGCCAGUGAUUGGGCUGCUCAGUUCGCGGUGCACGGAGAGUCAGCGGGAGGCAGCGCUGCUGCUGGGGCAGUUCGCCACCACUGACCCCGAGUGCAAGGUGCGCAUAGUGCAGAGGGGGGCAGUGCGGCCGCUCAUCACCAUGCUGGAGGCGCCCGACCCGCAGCUCAGGGAGAUGGCCGCCUUUGCCCUCGGCAGGCUGGCGCAGAACGCGGACAACCAGGCAGGCAUAGUGCACGACGGGGGGCUGAGACCGCUGCUGGAGCUUCUGGAAUCGAAGAAUGGCAACCUGCAGCACAACGCUGCAUUCGCGCUCUAUGGGCUCGCUGAAAACGGGGACAACGUGUCGGAGGUGGUGAGGGAGGGCGGCGUGCAGCGGCUGGUGGAUGCGGAGUUGAUCGUGCAGGCCAGCAAGGACUGCGUUCAGAAGACUCUCAAGCGCCUUGAAGAGAAGAUGGAGGGCAAGGUCCUGCGGCAUCUGCUGUACCUGCUGAGGCAGUCAGACAAGAGCGUGCAGCGGCGCGUGGCAGCAGCGCUGGCGCACCUGUGUCCCGAGGGGCAGCAGCGGGCCAUCUUCGUGGGGGCGGGCGGGCUCGACAUCCUGCUCUCCAUGCUCGCCUCGCCGCCCUCGCCCCGCCUGCAGCGCGAUGCCGCUGUGGCCCUGCGCACGCUCAGCAAGCGCGCCACCACUCUCAACCCCAUCGACACCGCGCCGCCUCCCCCCACGCCGCAGGUGUACCUGGGAGAGCAGUACGUCAACUGCCCAACCCUCUCUGAUGUCACCUUCCUCGUUGAAGGCACGCGCUUCUACGCGCAUCGAAUCGCCCUGCUCGCCUCCUCCGAUGCCUUCCGAGCCAUGUUUGACGGCGGCUACCGAGAGGAGAAGGAGGCCAAAGACAUAGAGAUCCCAAACAUCAGCCUGCCCGUGUUCGAGAGCAUGAUGAGGUGCAUAUACACGGGGGCGGUGGAGGUGCGGCCGGAGAUGGCGCAGGACCUGCUGAGGGCGGCGGACCAGUACCUGCUGGAGACACUCAAGCGCCUCUGCGAGCACGCCAUCGCGAAGGAUCUGACGGUGGAGAAUGUGGCGAACGUGUACGAGCUGGCGGAGACGUACCAUGCGCAGUCGCUGAGGCAGAUGUGUGUGCUGUUCGUGCUGGACCACCACGAGCAGAUGUGCAACCUCCCCGGCUAUAAUGCAUUGCUGCAGCGCAUGGUCCCGGAGACCCGUGAAUACAUCUCCCGUGUGCUUCGGCCUCGUCUGCCCUGA